CAGAGAGAAGCGAGAGCAAAGCCAUCAUGACUCUUUAUCAUUCACGUCUAUUUCUGCAAUGGACAUUUCCGUGACAACACCUGACAUGUACUCACAGAUGGCUCUUUAGACGGCAUUGUUCCGUGAGACUUACGGUAGGUUCGUGUGAACUGGACGUUGUCUAUAUGUCUGGGACCUUCGAUUAUAGACAAAUGAAAGGGACAUCAUCUGAAAAGUCAGUUUUUGCUUGGCAGCGUUUGACAUCGUAAACAUGGCUUUACCUGACAAUGCUAUUAGCCUUCCUGUCAAGGAACUGGCCUUUCCGGAAAUUAUUGAGCUGAACGUCGGGGGUCAGGUGUAUAUCACCCGCUACUCGACUUUAACAAGUGUGCCGGACUCCCUUCUGUGGGAGAUGUUCAGCCAGAAGAGCACCGAGAGCUUGGCGCGCGACACCAAGGGUCGUUAUUUCGUCGACAGAGACGGAUUCCUGUUCCGUUAUAUUCUGGAUUACAUGCGAGACCAGCAGCUCGUCCUUCCGGACCAUUUCCCGGAGCGAGGACGGCUGCAGCGAGAGGCUGAGUUCUUCAACCUGCCUGAGCUUGUUAAGCUGUUGGCACCAAAGCUCAGUAAGCAGAACUCUCUAGGCGACGAGGGCUGCCAGAGCGACCCAGAGGAGCCCUCGCCAGGGGCCGACUUCGCCCGGAGCGUCGGGGCCGUUGCUUGCUCCAGCGACGGAAAGUGCUCCGGGUUCAUCACCAUCGGCUACCGGGGCUCCUACACUCUGGGCCGUGAUAGCCAAACAGACGCCAAGUUCCGGCGAGUGGCUCGGAUUAUGGUGUGUGGGAAGACGUCUCUCGCUAAGGAGGUUUUCGGGGAAACGUUGAACGAGAGCCGCGACCCCGAUCGCCCGCCUGAGCGCUACACGGCGCGCUAUUACCUAAAGUUUACUUUCUUGGAGCAGGCUUUCGACCGGUUAGCCGAUGCCGGCUUCCACAUGGCGGCCUGCAACUCCACGGGGACGUGCGCCUUCGCUCACGAGCAGACCGACGACAAAAUCUGGGCCAGCUACACCGAAUACGUAUUCUACCGAGGCAAUGCAUCCACGUCGCCGUGCUUCAGGGAACCAGAUAUCGACAGAGCAGUGGAGGAGGCCAUAUAUAACCCAGAUAUAUCCAGCGUUUGUAGCCAGGAUGACACAAACAUUGCUCUUGACCUGGACAAUGAAUCUCUUUCGGACCCCCUUCCGCCUCUCCCUCCACCCCUGGAGAGCCCUGAGCCGCCUCUGCCCCGCGAGCCGAGCCCUCCUCCGCUUCCCGUGGUCAAUCCGGCACGACCCACCACUCUGUCUCUGAAAACUCUGCCCCAGCCCACACCCAGCAGCACCGCGGCCUCCACCACCAGCGCCAUCACCAGGGAGAAUGGAGGACAAGAGUUGAGAACUCCCGAUUUAGAGGUAUUUCAAGGGUACUUUCUAGGUUUUUAG